GCAAGUUGCGCGCGUUGUUCUGGACGCAUCUCCACUUGCCAGCGCCGCUUGGGAUCGCGCUCUUGAGCCACAACAGCACAACGACAACAAGCUCCGCGGCGGUGGUGAGACCUUGGGGCCUCUCGCUUAAACUCGACUCCGGAUCGUCAGUUCUCAAUUCGCUGCAGAUCUCCCAAAUGGAAGACGAGUAUCAAAUGGCGGCAAUGCUCCCCACGGCCGGAUAUCUCUUCGCGGAAGAGCUGGACGCGCAUUUUCUCGCACUUGAUGACUUCCACUCGAUGCUGCUUCAGGAUGAUUGGGUAAGCCCCAAGGUUACGGGUGUGGAGUGCUCCAUCAGCUUUAUCCACCCGACACAGCCUACUUCGCCCUCGUCGGUAGUGUAUCUGCCGUCGUGCUACCCACCGUCGGAGGGGUUCGACGAGCCAUUCAUCAAGCAAGAGCACCUGGACUCAAGCUACCGCACCGAAAUGGUCUUCACUAAACCAGAGAUCGAGCUAGUUCCUCGGGUCUCGACACGAGGUCAUGAGGACACUAUCAGUGAGGAGGACAAGGAGCGGCUUCGACGACGCCAACGAGGCUACGAGAAGAGCUACCGUGGCCGCAAGAGGAGAGAUCUUAAGGCGCACCGCGAUGAGUGGCUGGCUCUUGAGAUGAAGCUUUUCGCCGAUCGCAAGAAGCGCUGCAGACCCUAUGUCCGCGUCGAACAGGGUGGCCAAGACUCGCUGCGCUACAAACUACUGCUGCUCAAACUGGAGGAGCGCGCCCUCCGACAGGAUCUGAUCACUUUGCGCUCGCUCCAGGCGUGGGAGAAGAUCUCGCGCAUCCGUGAGUACUCGGAUAAGGACCAGCUUCGUUCGGUCAGCGAGUGGCGCCACAGCGCCGACAAAGUUAUCGGUCGCUGCAUUGUGCUUGGACCCGAUCGGUUCCACCCAUACGGGCCAUUGGAGCAACGUCACUUCACGUGGUGAGGUAUUACCGUUUAUUUGACCUGAUGACGGACGCCGAAACUGCGUCAGUUUAUUUUUCUACGCGGUACAGGUUGGGAAAGAAAUUACUAAAGAUUAACGAAGAAUACGUAAGAAGUUCACAGUAAACGUACAUUAAACACCGCAUUAACACUUUUGCUCUCAC